AUGUUCAAUCCUUUGGCCGCCUUAGAUGGAGGACGUCGACGAGAUGGAAGCGCUAAUGAUCCAUUGGCUAACGAUCGCCAAAGCAUACAGAGUCACUUCAAUCUUGCCACAAAAAUCUGCAACUUUCGCAAGUUACUGCUGUCGCUGGAUCGAAUGGAGAACGACGAAGAUAGCGAUCCUGAUGGUGAUAUGCCGAUUGUUGCGAAAGAGCAUGACGACGAUGAUGCUGACGGCGUUGAACCUGGCGUUGAUUCUGUGGAAGUUGAUUCCUAG